GAUUGGUCUGAACCACUGCCGUUCAGCCACAAGUGAAGCCGGGAAAGAUGAAUUUUUGUGUGAUUUUGUGAAUCCGGCUGCCUCACGAAGGGAUAGUACACCUACAAAAUGGUGGGUGACGACUGGACUCGUGCCCACGCUGAGGACGAGCUCUUCAAGACUCUGUUUGGCGGCUACAACAAGUGGUCGCGCCCGGCACGCAACAUCACCGACGUCGUCAUCGUCAGGUUCGGCCUCUCCAUUGCACAGCUGAUAGAUGUGGAUGAGAAAAAUCAGAUGAUGACAACCAACGUGUGGCUGAAACAGGAAUGGACAGAUUAUAAGCUGCAGUGGCGCCCGUCUGACUUUGACAACGUCAAGUCCAUCAGAGUUCCCUCUGAGCUCAUCUGGGUGCCCGACAUCGUGCUGUACAACAAUGCAGACGGAGAAUUCGCCGUCACCCACAUGACCAAGGCCCAGCUGUUCCACACCGGUCGUGUUCGCUGGGUCCCCCCGGCCAUCUACAAGUCCUCCUGCUCCAUCGACGUCACCUUCUUCCCCUUCGACCAGCAGAGCUGCAAGAUGAAGUUCGGCUCCUGGACCUACGACCGCGCCAAGAUAGACCUGGAGCCCAUCGACAACACUGUAGAUCUGAAGGAUUACUGGGAGAGCGGGGAGUGGGCGAUUGUUGACGCUGUGGGCACCUACAACACCAAGAAGUACGACUGCUGCCACGAGAUUUACCCCGACAUCACCUACUACUUCAUCAUCCGCCGGCUCCCGUUGUUCUACACCAUCAACCUCAUCAUCCCCUGCCUGCUCAUCUCCUGCCUGACCGUCCUGGUCUUCUACCUGCCGUCCGACUGCGGCGAGAAGAUCACGCUGUGCAUCUCCGUGCUGCUGUCGCUCACCGUCUUCCUGCUGCUGAUCACCGAGAUCAUCCCGUCCACGUCGCUGGUCAUCCCGCUGAUCGGCGAGUACCUCCUCUUCACCAUGAUCUUCGUCACGCUGUCCAUCGUCAUCACCGUCUUCGUGCUGAACGUGCACCACCGCUCGUCGGCCACCCACACCAUGCCUCGCUGGGUUCGCGCCAUCUUCCUGUCUUCGGUGCCGCGAUGGCUCUGCAUGAAGCGGCCGCCGCCCGACCUCAGGAGGCGGGGCUUGAUCGAUAAGCUCCUCCCCGUCCGGACUCCAGGCCCCUCCCACAGCACCUCCCACUCCACCGCCACCACCUGGAUCACACAAGAAUCUGACGUCGAUCUCCAUGGUUACCAGGAUGAUGCUGGUUGCCACGGCUACCACCAGCUCGGCUCGUUGGGCAUGGGAGUUGAGCUCAGCUACUGCGAUCUCCAUGGUUACUCCGACACAGAUGUGGACGGCGACUUGGUGAGGUCAGGGGUGAACAGAGCAGGGCGGACAAAGUUUCCUACCUCCGUUUCCUUCCCUCCUCCGUCCCCUCAAAUGUUCAGGUACAGCCUCCUCCCACAGAGACCCUCCACGCUCAGCUUGAACUGGGACGGCUCUGCUCCGGAGCUCAGACCGAUCCAGCACCCAUCAGCCACUGCUCUGUCUCCCGCGGUGGUGCGCGCCCUGGAGGGGGUGACCUACAUCGCAGAACAUCUGAGAGCCGAGGACGCCGACUUCUCGGUGAAAGAGGACUGGAAGUAUGUGGCCAUGGUCAUUGAUCGGAUCUUCCUGUGGAUGUUCAUUAUCGUGUGUCUGUUGGGAACCAUCGGACUCUUCCUGCCGCCGUGGCUGUCUGGAAUGAUCUAGAACAGUAGCAAAUGCCCACCG